AGCAGUUACAUCAUGAUAACUUAUUGGAUUAGCUCAGUAUUACCAUAGUGGGUAUUGAGAUAUUUAUAUACUUCACAGCAACAGUUACCGAAUAAAUAACGACGAAAAACAAAAGCUCGAUAACUUAACGAACACGUUGCACUCAAAAUAUACAAGAUAGUGAUAAUACAAAGUACACAGAGAAUUUCCAUUAAAAUAUAGACUAUAUAAUGGAAGUGUAUGACGACAGGCCAGUAAGCGUCUAUGAUAAUCUCAGCAUGCCCGCAACAGUUAACACGAAUACAGCAAAACUUAAACCGCAAAUAAUACCAACAACGUCAUCGACAUCUGCAUCAUCAACAGCAGCCACAGCAGCGCUGAAUGGAACAGAUCCCCACUCUCCACUAUACACCGAAAUAUCAUUUAAGUUCAGCGAUAAUAAUAAACAACAUCAACAACAACAAAAACAGCCUAUAAUUCCAAAUGGCAAUCGAAGCUCCAAUCACAGUCAACAACAACAAAUUACCAGUCAGUUGAACUCCCCCUGCUACGCCACACCACACAAAUUACCACCGAACAACACAACCGCACAAGCAUUACCCGUUGCAAACACAAUAGCUGCGAACGUAAGUCCAGUGCAAAGACCGCUUAGUCAACAUUCGCAAUCGGAACUAAACGAAGCCAGUCACAGUAUAGCCGCAGUGAAAGCCGCUCUGAACGAUGCUAAAUCAAAAUUCUUUGGUUUAAAUGGUUACGCGCCAGACACUACAGAUUUAAAUAACGAAUCUCAAUUGCACAAGUUACUGCCAAACGUUAAUGAAUCUUACCAGCCAAAAGUACAAAUUAUCACACCAUCACCGCCACCCAAACCACAGCCGAAGUAUCAAAAUAUACCCGAAAACAGCGCGAUAUUCCGUAAUCAACCGCCGGAAUUGCCUCCGAAACCAAGUGAAUGGCAGACCAAUAAAUCAAAUACCAGCAAUAGUCCAGUGUUCCGUGCCACAACGCCGUCUCCAGCUGCAUCGUCGUCGAACUCUUCCCCAGGCUCCCAAAUGGCUCCACACAAAUCUUCCGCAUUAGCUGCUUCAACUCCUUUGCCAACACCUGCACCAAUCCAACAGCCGUCUAAAGGCAACAUACCGCACAGCGCCGCAUAUAAGCAAGUUCCGCUGAGUGACAUCGACAAUUCGCAGCCGUCGCAGGUAAGAUUCCAAUUCAAGUCUUCCUGUACUUCACACAAAAAGCACAUUGCAUUAACAGAUUAACUUUCCGCGACUAAUGUCGCACAGUGAA